AUGUCAUCAUCCAAAGCCUCCAGAAUAGGAGAAGAAACGAGAAUCGAUAAAGUCAACGCUGAAUUGGUCACAUUAACGUACGGCACGAUCGUCGCGCAAUUAUGUCAAGACUACGAUAGUGACUACCAGGAGGUCAACAAACAAUUGGACAAGAUGGGCUAUAACAUCGGCAUGCGAUUAAUUGAGGACUUUCUGGCCAAAUCUGGGGUAGGGCGAUGUGCCAAUUUCCGAGAGACAGCUGAUAUGAUUGCCAAGGUUGGCUUCAAGAUCUUCUUAAACGUCGCCCCUACGGUCACCAAUUGGACCAGUGACAACAAUCAGUUCUCCCUCAUCUUUGAUGAAAAUCCGCUGGCCGACUUUGUUGAGUUACCCGACGAUGGGCGGGCUCAAGACGAGCUUUGGUUCUCGAAUAUCCUCUGUGGUGUACUUCGGGGCGCACUCGAAAUGGUUCAAAUGCAGAUUGAGGCGCACUUUGUCAGUGACAUACUUCGAGGUGACGAUACAACAGAAAUGCGAGUAUCCUUGGUUCGAUACAUCGAAGAUGAGAUGCCGCCGGAGGAAGAGUAA